UCUUUUUUUUUACUGUGAACGCCAAAAUAAAACGAGUAGAAACUUUUCUAUCGGACUCAUAACUGGAGACACAUGGCAGCCAGGGACUAAAGGCUUUUAGUGGUUUUCCCCCGCGGUGUGAUGGUCGUCGGGACUCGGCAUUGUUCGCCUUUUCGUCCCUUUCUUUCCCUCAACGGUCGCACAGCGACAGGCAACGGCGGCGUUAGCCGACCUGCUAACGUCAAGUUGGGAGAAAGUGGAGAGAAGACAGCGGCUAAACGGUUGGAGCUUAUCCGCCUACACAGACCUAUGCGACGGAUAGCAGGUGAGUGAUGGAGACGAGAGAGUGGACCGUGGUGGCUGCCAGCUUCGUGGGUUUCCAGCUUCUCUUUUCAGUGGCCAGCCCUCGGCUCUCCUACAUCAUCACGCCGGCAUACAAGGCGCUGCCCACCACCAAGCUCACCGAGUGGAACUCCAGGUUGGUGUCGACGGUGCACGCUCUGAUCGUGGGGUUGUUCUGCCUCUACAUCCUGUGGUUCGAUGAUGCUGUCAACGCCAAUCCCGUCUGGGGGGACCCCAGUCUGGUGAAACUGAACGUAGCCAUAACCUGUGGUUACCUCCUCUACGACCUGGUUCUGCUAGCAUGUAACUGGAGCACUAUGGGGGACAGCUUUUUUGUCUGUCACCACUUGGCGGCGCUCUAUGCAUACGGAUAUGUGCUGACUCGAGGCGUGCUUCCUUACUUUGCCAACUUUCGCCUCAUCUCAGAGUUGUCCACGCCAUUUGUGAACCAAAGGUGGUUCUUCGAGGCAUUAAAGUACCCACGCUCGCACCGGUUGGUGGUGAUAAACGGAGUCGCCAUGGCCGUGGUGUUCUUCCUGGUGCGCACCGCGGUGAUGCCGUCCUACUGGGGAAGUGUCUUCGCCACGUUCGGCACCGCGGACUUUGAGCGGCUGGGCUUGGCCGCCCAGGUGGCCUGGAUCAGCUCCUGCAUCGCGCUGGAUAUCCUCAACGUUAUCUGGAUGUAUAAAAUCGCCCGCGGCUGCUACAAGGUCCUGAAGGGGAGGGCCGGGGCUCGGAAAGCACCGGCGAAGCAAUCGGCCGAGAAGGAGUCUCCGUCGGACGAGAAGCACGCCACCAACCACACGGACUAAAAAACAGAAAGAGACGUAGAGCAAACGGAUACGUAGACGCAGACACGCGCAGGUAGGGAGGCUGGACAGCAGCCUCUCUCUGUCGCUGUAGCCUCAGAGUCCCUCCCUCCAAAUCCCCGAAAUCUCAGCCCCUUGUAGUUGGCUAGCGGAUCGAGCUAACCGUCCUCAGGACCCACGAGACAAAGACGCUGCUCUUUGUCUCACUCAGGCCUAGGGUUGGGCAUCGUUUGGAUAUUAACUUCUGAUCCCGAUUCUUCCUUCUGAUUCCGGUUCUCAUCGAUUCUCGAUUCUGAUUCUUUGAGGGUGGAGUUGAAACGGGUCACGUGCUUAUUUCACAAAUAAGAGGAAUGUUUUAUUUUGAUUGAAAAGGUGGGUUGCAGUGUGACGGGGCUUUUUCAACGUAAAAUAAAGCCCCGCCGGAGCUCCGCUUACUGAGCUCCAUGGCUGCAACACAACAAGCUCCUGGUCACUACGGAAACCCCAAAUUUGCACAUGUUAAAUCUGGAACCCCAUAAUCAGAUUUGAAACCAAACGAUUCAAAUAAAGAAAAGAU